UUGGGACGUAAAGUAUGAAAAUUGGCAAGUCAUGUUGCAGCCGUAUAGAACUUUAGGCCACAUUUGGAAUGUUGUGUGCAGUUCUGAUCACCACACUGCCAGAAGGAUGUGGAGGCUUUGGAGAGGGUACAGGAACAGUUUACCAGGAUGUUGCCUUGUUUGGAGGGCAUUAGCUAUGAGGAGAGAUUGGACAAACCGGGCUUACUUUCACUUGAACGUCAAAGGAUGAGGAGCAGCCUGAUAGGCAUAGAUAUUCGGAGUCUUUUUCCCAGAGUAGAAAUGUCAAUUACUAGGGGACACAGGUUUAAGGUAAAAGGAGGUAUGUUUAAAGGCAAUUUGAGAGCCAGGUUUUUUACACAGGGUGUUAAGUGCCUGGAUGUGCUGCUACAGGAGGUGGUGGAGGCAGAUACAUUGGGAACAUUUAAGAGGCAUUUUGGCAGAUAUAUUAUACAGGGAUACAGAUAGCAUAGAGGCAGAAGGUUUUUAGUUUAGAAAGGCAUUAUGUCUUGGUGAGCCGAAGGGCCUGUUGCUGUGCUGUACUGUACCUUGAUUGACACCUUGGCCGUUUCCGUUAUACUUUCCCUUUGAUCCUGAACUCCCUCUGCACGUCCAUCAGUACAUGAUGUGCAAUAACAAUUGUUCUGGGAAAACAAUAUCUGAUCAAAUAUUGUAAUUGAAUCUUUAUAUUGAAAUAUUACUUGAAAUUCUUUAACUCUGUGGUAUAUGUGGUGGUAUCACCUGAAAAUAUCUGCCUGGAAGCAGUUGUCAUCAUUUUGUAGCAUCAAAUAUGUUGUAUUUGAAUCCCACUGUCAUGUGUUAAUAUUCACAGAGUAAAAACAUGGAGAAAAUCAAUGAACUAACUGUUGACCUGGAUGUAGCUAAAAAAACAAUGAAAGCAAAUCAGCAAGCCAUUGCUGAACUGACGAGGACUGUUGAACAGCAAGCAUACGACCUGAAAGCACAGAAUGCAAACACUGCUGGUUUAGCUGAUAUCUCAAGUCAGUUAGACAUGGCUGAGAAAGCCCUGGCGGAAAAGCAGCAAAAGAUUGAUGACAUGAAGCAGACGAUUAUAAAACAGGAAGAGGAAAUAGAAACUGUGGCUGUGUUCCGAGCACAGGCUGAUGUUUAUAGUGCAGAUUUCCAUGCUGAAAGAGCAGCUCGAGAAGCAAUUCAUGCAGAAAAGGAGUCACUGGCUGAAAGGGUGAACUUGCUAAUGAAAGAAAACACAAAGAUGAAGGAGGAACUGGAUGCAUUUAGCAGACAAUCUUUGAUGGAACUGCAGCGCCGUCAUAGCAAUCUAGGGGCUGAGGACAAUGUAGCAUUGCAGCAACAGGUUCAACGAGGACCUGACAAUCUUGCUUGGGAGCUGCAGGGGGUUCUGCCAGAACAUGCUUGUCCAAAGUGUGGUACCAUCUUGCCUGACAUAGAUACCCUACAAAUACAUGUCAUGGAUUGUAUCAUAUAAGAAGAAGAUCUAACUAACCACUGAUGUGGUUCUUAUAGCUAUGCAAACAUGUUGGAUUUUCUUUGCCUUAUUGGAGGAUGGAGGAGAUUGGAUGCUGAUUGUAACUACUUUUAUCUAAUUUCUUCUCAAACUUAUAAUUGUGAAAUUAGCACUAAGUUGUUUGGUACAAUGCUUCUCAAACUUUUUUUCGCUAUGACCCCAUUUCAAUGUUUGAAAAUUGUUGUGACCUUUAUGGGAGCUAAGAGGGGGUGGGGGAGUACACCUGUUAUAAGUUGGUGGCCAUUAGUGCUUCAGAGCUUGUGACCCACUUGGGUUCUGACCCCUAUUUUGGCAAGCCCUGAUCUUAUACUGCCUUUAUUUGCUUAUGUGAACAUAGUGUUCAUUUAUCUUUAGGAACUUAAUUCUAAAGAAAAUGCACCAAAGUAUUUAACAUUGUCAACAAUAGCUUCAGAGAUUGCAUAUUACAGAGCUAUUUAUUCCCUACACAUUUGUUGAUGAGUCACUGGACAUUGUGUUUUUCCACAAGUACUUUGGGUUAUAAGUAAAAACAGUUUGGUAAAAUAGGGCAGACCUAAUCUAGACUUCACAGAGGAGAGUUUCAGAUUUGUGCUAAAGGAAAUUGUACCAUUCCAAGUCUCUAAAUCUUUCAAUAUAAUUGCAGUCAUAAUUAGGCAGUGGGUAAAAUUGAGGAGAUGCAGUUUCCUGACUGAUUUAAUAGGUUAAUUUCUUUGCCAAAGAUAAAGGCUAAAUAUUCUAGUUAAGCUCCACUUGAAGAAUUUAUUUAUCAAGAAUAAAACAAUUGUACUGCUUACAAUUGAUCAGUAUUUCUGGGCAUAGGUCUUAUGAAGAAAAAAAAAUUCCUCUCCGGGAUACCUGCUGACUUAUCCCAAGAGAAAAUUAAUUUAGGCACUUGUUAUCCAGCUCUCUUUUUUGACCACCUCACUGAGUAGAGCUACAGGAAGGUCCAGAGGAAGAGGAAUUUAACGCAGGAGCAGAAAUCAUUUUGUGACUAAUCCUGGGCUUCAGAGUUUUUUUUCCUAUUUUCAGAGUUUAGGAGCAUUAGUCAAAAAUAAUUUUCAGAGAUAUUAGGUGGGAGGUUAAAACAAAAGCGAAGUAGCUGAGGUAGUAUAUUGAAUGGGGGGAAAAAAACCACAAAAUAAGUUUCUGAAUGUUACAUUUGGCAAUUGUAUUGAGUCAAUGCUUUUUUUAAAGAUUGUAAUUAAUGUCAUGUCAGGAUUUUUUUUAUUUGCAGAGAUUAUUUUAGUAAAGCUAAUCUUUUGGCUAAUUCAAUUGUAUUAAGCUGGAUUCAUGCUAAGAUUAAGUCGUUUGUCUACAAAAUACAAUGAUAAUUAGGCACUUUAUUUACUAUAUUAACGUCAGAUAAAUGCAAGCAGUUUUAAUCUGCAAAAUAACUGAAUGUCAAAGUCUGUUUCAAGAAUUGAAAUAAAUAUUUGUUGUGGCUGUUCA